CGAGCAGACUCAAUGGAGGCGCAGAGAACUUCCAGCAGUUGCUGGACCCUCUUGUCUGAUGGGUGUGUGCUGCGAUAUCCUGUUCCAGCCCGGCUGUGACACAGGAGGAGAUCAAGUCCGUCUUCACCUCUGGCCUGGAAUACAGAGAUGAGCGAGAUGGACCCCUCGAGCCAGAAGCACUUUUCAGUGGUGGACUAUGUGAUCUUCUCUGUCCUGCUGGCAGUGUCUAUGAGCAUCGGCCUCUACUAUGCGCUAUCCGGCGGGCGCCAGCGCACCACGCAGGAGUUCCUGAUGGCAGACAGGAGCAUGCACUGCAUUCCCGUUUCCCUGUCGCUCAUCGCAUCAUUCCAGUCAGCCGUGGCCAUCAUCGGAGUUCCGGCCGAAAUCUACACACAUGGUACUCAGUACUGGUUCAUUGGCUGCUCCUACAUCCUCGGCCUCCUCAUUCCUGCGCAUGUUUUUGUACCGUUGCUGUACAGACUGCGGCUCUCCAGCGCUUACCAGUAUCUUGAGCUCCGCUUCAGUAAGACUGUACGCAUCUGUGGCACUUUGACCUUCAUUUUUCAAAUGGUUGUUUAUAUGGGAGUCUGUGUCUAUACUCCUGCCUUUGCCCUCAAUAAAGUCACUGGAUUUGAACUCUGGUCUGUGGUCCUGGUGACUGGUCUGGUCUGCACCUUGUACACAGCACUGGGAGGACUGAAAGCUGUCAUCUGGACCGACGUCAUCCAGACUGUGGUGAUGUUUGCCGGCCAGCUGGCGGUUAUCGUGGUGGGGGUUCAAAAGGCUGGGGGAGUCGGUGCAGUCUGGAACAAGGCCCUGGAUGGCAACCGCAUCUCUGGAGUUGAUCUGAACCCCGAUCCCACGGAGAGACAUACCUUCUGGACCCUGGGAGUUGGUGGGGUCUUCCUGAUGCUGUCCCUCUAUGGAGUCAACCAGGCCCAGGUCCAAAGAUACCUCAGUGCCCGAUCAGAGAAAGCAGCAGUCAGGUCCUGCUACAUGGUGUUUCCCUCCCUGCAGCUGGCGCUGGCCCUCAGUUGCGUGAUGGGACUGGUCAUGUUUGCUCGCUACUGUGGUGAAGAUCACUCGGCGCAACUGGGUUCCACGUCAAGAGACGCGAUGGUGAUAUAUUUUGUGAUGGACAUGCUGCAGGGGCUGCCGGGCUUACCGGGUCUCUUCGUUGCUUGUUUGUUCAGUGCGGCGCUCAGUGACCCACUAAGGCUGCGGUCGGACUCGACUCACUCUGUGUGCAGCACCAUCUCCACCGCCUUCAACUCUCUGGCCACAGUUACCAUGGAAGACCUCAUUAAACCGCGGUAUCCUGCCAUGACGGAGAAACGGGCGACGCUGCUGUCCAGGCUGCUGGCGGUGUCUUACGGGGUGCUGUGUGUGGCCAUGGCCUACCUGACUCACCUGAUGGGGGACUCGGUUCUGCAGGUGGCACUGAAGAUCUUUGGCAUGGUGGGGGGUCCUAUCCUUGGCCUCUUCUGUCUGGGGAUGUUUUUCCCGUGGGCCAACCCCACUGGAGCAGUAGCUGGUCUUGGGGCAGGUCUUUCCCUUGUGUUCUGGAUUGGCAUUGGAAGCAUUGUGACAAGCUCCGGUACGAGACCUCUUCCUCCCAACUGCAGAGAGUCGCUGAUGUCCAGCAAUGUGACAGCCUCUGUGCAGGCGGUGGUCAAUGCCACACUGAGCGCUCCGUCUGGACUGAGAAGAUUUUACUCCCUGUCCUACAUGUGGUACAGUGGAGUCAGCUGCUUCACAGUCAUUCUAACCGGCCUGCUCAUCAGUCUGCUCACAGGACCAAUGAAAGCCGAGGACGUUGCACCCGGGACGGUUUAUCCCUUGUUCAGGAAACUGAGAAGAUUUCUGCCCGAGUGCCUGAAAAAGAAGCUCUGCUGUGCGGCUCAGACUAAGAACGCCCCCCAUCAGAAGGACUGCAACGGAGUGACCCUCACACGUGACGACAUGACCUCGCAGGAGGAAGCUUUCCUCCCCUCCUGGUUGUACACAGAGCAUGAAACUACCGUGUGAGUGAUGUGAUGACGACUGCAGUACAUGCUGUUUCUGAUGUCCAGGACGUUUAUUAUUACCAAGUCACGUCACCUCAACUACCUGGAGCCUUUUGGGGGUUAAAAUAUCUUAUUUUCUGAGUCAAAUCUCUGACAAUCAACUGGUGGACUGUAAAGGCAGGCGGUGAGUUUUACAGACAAAGCAACAGAAUAAUCACAGUAAAACAAUCAGAUAAAUCCAAGAAGGAAAUGUGAAGUUUAAACAUGAGAAAUGAUGCCACCAGUGUUAAAGGAAUGCGAUUGAAAUGUUACUCUAUAAAUUAUAAAAGAUGUAGGAAAAUAUCAGAAAUGUUGAAGAUAAUGAAUAGUUGUGUAACAAGUGGCAGGAUUUUAAAUGUGAUUUUCGAGACACAAAGGUGAUGGUGGACAUGUGAAAAGACAAAAAAGUAACAGACAUAGGUCUUGAAUCAAAGAGUGACAUGGAAACGUUUUUACACUGAAAGCUGAAGGAACAAAAAGAAACCAUACGGAAGGUGAGACACGUGACAGUGUCACUGGAGGCCACGGAUUGACUCCCAGACACUACACCUUCAUUCCCUCUUACUGUUGCCCUUCAACUGAGACUGACCGCUGCACUUGCUCGCAAGUUUGCUGAAUCGGGUGACAGAUUUGUCCUCAGGUCAUAGAUGUUUGUAUUUGAAAAUGGUCAACAAAUGUGUCGUAUUUCUCCCAAAGAAGAAUGUGUUUGUUGAAUUUAUUAGGUCAAUGUUUUGUUUUGUUUUUAUUACAGAAAUUGUGAGACUGAUUUUACUCAUCAUGUGCCUUGUAAUUUAAACUUUGGACUUGUUUUCCUUUUUUAAAUAAAGUAUUUUUCAU